GUCCCGUGCAAAUGUCGUCGUCGUCGUCGUCGUCGCCGCCGCUGACCCCGUCGCGAUCAGCGACACCCGCGACGAUGCCCGUCCAGCCAGACCACUUCUUUGGCCCCGAGGGCACACAGCUUCCGCCGUCGCCCAACUCUCUCGGAAGGGCCUGGCUCGACCCCGCAGACGAUCCUCUCGCACACCGUGGCAUCCCCGUCUUCAGGCCCACAAUGGACGAGUUUGCCGACUUCGAGCUGUUCAUGUCAAAAGUAGAGUGCUGGGGUCUACGCUAGCGGUAUCAUCAAGGUCAUUCCUCCUAAGGAGUGGGUCGACGCCCUACCACCCAUCAAAGACCAGCUCCUCAACGUCAAGAUAAGAUCCCCCAUCGAACAACACAUGCUCGGAAGAGGCGGUCUCUUCAGACAGGAGAACGUCGAGAAGCGCAAGGUCAUGAGCGUGCGUGAAUGGGCAGAGUUGUGCGACAAGGACGAAUUUCGCGCCCCUGGCAUAGACGAUGUCGGCAUCCAUGCUAGAGGUACCAGAGCGGACUCGAGACCUGUCCGUGCCCGUCGAACAAGAGCAGACGCAGACAGUCGCAAAGUAGAAUCCGUCGAACCAGACGAACCGAGCACACCCCUAACAAAGCAACUCCCAGAUAUACUUCCUCAUCCAGAACCAAUGUCACCCCCUCAGAGCGUCGGAAAUCCUCUGACUCCAAACGCAAUCGAUCCGGCCUUGGAUCUCUCCGGCCAAGAUGUCGACAUGGAGGAGGACCCUGUUACGGCACUCACUCCACCAGACGGUCCGUCGGACUCGCAGGGAAAGCCAAAGUCAAAGGGAAAGCGCGUGACCCAGACUCGUGCUGCACGAGAAGCAUCUCUCGCCGAACGUGCGGCCAAAGAUAAAGCCUUUAUUGACGUUUUCGACCCCAGCAAAGACUGGCUGCCUCCUAACACCAAAAACGAUGAUUAUACUCCCGAGUUUUGCCAGAAACUCGAACGGCAGUACUGGAGGAACUGUGGUUUAGGAAAACCCGCGUGGUACGGGGCCGACAUGCAAGGUUCCCUGUAUACCGAUGAAACAAAGAUUUGGAACGUCGCCCAUCUCCCGUCACUCCUAUCUCGCCUUCUACCAGCUUCCUCGAAAGGUCUUCCAGGUGUCAACACGCCAUACCUCUAUUUUGGAAUGUGGAGGGCAACAUUUGCAUGGCACGUCGAGGACAUGGAUCUUUUCAGCAUCAACUACAUUCAUUUUGGCGCUCCCAAGUUUUGGUAUGCUGUCCCUCAGGGGCGGGCUGCUGCCCUAGAGUCGACGAUGAAGGGGUACUUUCCACAAGACACGUCACACUUGCCCACAAUUCUUGCGACACAAGUCGUUCCUGGCAUCACCUACUCUGCUGGCGCAAUCGUCCUGCCGCCCCAACUUCCUCGUACAGCGUGAACAUGAGUUCGUGAUCACCUACCCCCGUGGCUAUCCAUGCCGGUUUCAAUCUUGGGUUCAACUGUGCUGAAAGCGUCAAUUUUGCAUUGGACAGCUGGCUGGAGCUCGGGCGGAAGGCGCAAGUGUGUCGCUGCGUUAGCGAUAGCGUUCGUAUUGAUGUGGACCAAC